AUGGCGCAACAACUGCAGCCAACAUGGCCUCAACAGAGACCUGCAUACAACGACACGAUCCUCACCAUCACAAGCAGCAGCUGUGCAGAUCCGUACGUACUCUGGGACAAGGGCACAUACUAUAUGACCUUCACCUGCGGCGGCCACAUCGAGAUCUGGUCUGCAGACUCCCUCUUCGAUUUUGAAAAGAAGUGCAAAAAGAACGUAAUCUGGCGUCCCCCACCAGACCAGCCCUACUCCGCCGACUUAUGGGCGCCUGAACUGCACUCGAUCCAUGGUCGGUGGUAUGUAUACUUCGCGGCUGACGACCCAAAGCAUGGGAAUAAGUCGCAUCGCAUGUUUGUCCUUGCCGGACCACCAUCAGAGGAGGACCCUCUCGAGCCAAGCAAAUGGAACUUCUUCGGCCGUCUAGGUGGUCUACCUGAGGAGCAAUGGGCAAUCGACGGUACAGUCGUUACGCUCGGCGGUUCCAUGCUUUUCGUCUACUCGGGCUGGCCCCUGGGUACGCACGCGGAUGAAUCGCGCCAAGAAAUCUUCAUUAUCGAGAUGAUGUCGCCGACAGAAUGUACGGGACAUCCCAUCCGCAUCAGCACACCAGACCUGCAGUUUGAGUUCUCUGGUAGCAGCGGCAUCAACGAGGGCCCGCAGUUUCUCUGCUCACCAGACGGUCGUUGGAUGGGCCUUGUGUACAGUUGCGCGGGAAGCUGGACACACGAGUACAAGAUGAACAUCCUGUACUACACUGGCGGUCACCCUCUAGAUCCACAUUCAUGGGCCAAGUCUAACAAGCCCCUUUUAAAAGCUGCUCGCGAUGACUCUCCACCCUACGGCCCAGGUCACGGAAAUUUUGUCCUAGUCAACGGUCCCGGCGGUCCAGAGGUCUGGGGCGUCUUCCACGCUACCGAUGCCAAAACUGGAUGGGAAGGCCGCAAAGCUCGCAUCAUGCGCGUGGGAUGGGGCCAAGGAGGCCCAUUUAUGGGUUCUGGCGAAUGUGGACGAUGCUGUGGCGAGAUUGAGCAUUUCAUCCAAGGGUGUCCUGGAGGUGCUUGUGGAGGCAAAGGUCAUUGUGGUGGUGCUGGGGGUGCGGGCGGAGGUUUCAUGGAGCCGGGACACCAGGGUGGUAACUCAACGGAUGAUAUCAAGCGGGAGGUCAAGAAUCUGAUCAAGGGUGGGAAGGGUCUCGUUAGCAAGUUUCUCAAGUAA